GUGAAUCACUGGCUGCAAGAUAUCCGUGUUGAUAUCUACAGCCGAAAAACAUCGCAGGCUUCCUGCAUAGUCUCUGCUUGUCGUCAUGCAAGCGAUACUCAACUCUCUACAACACCGCGGCCCAUCAUGGACCGCAAGCGAAAACGAGAGCUACGUGACUUAAACCUCCGCGUUUGGUCCGGAGCCAAAGACGUCUACGAUGUCGCAACCUCCCUCGAUUCAUCCUUGAAGAAGAACACAGCCUUCAUAAAACGCCUGCGCACAGGUAUAUCCUCCUCUGGUCAAGACACGUUUCUUCUAGAGGUUCGAACUUUAUCCUUGCAAAAAUACCUGUCUGAGAUCAUCUCAGCAACUGCCGAAGGUCUGAGCAAACUGAAGACCGCCGGUGAGAUUGCUGCAGCAGUUGAGAUUGUCAGUGCGCUGCAUCAAAGAUUUGGACCUGGAGAAUACACAAAGAAACUAGGCUGGCUCUUGGGCAAAGGCUUGACACCUCCAGACAAAGCACAACUCAAACAAUGGACUCCUGAAGUUCGCGAACGUGAGGAGAAGGAGCGGCUGCAACGACAUCGCAUUCUACUCCGAGUGGUGACAGAAUUCUGGGUCUGUGGAAUUCUCCGGGGCCUCGACGAUGUUGAACGCCCCGAUGAUGUCUCGGCAAAGGGUAAAGAAAACCCAUCCCAAGCAGUAGGCAAAACAGCGCCGAUUUCAAAUGGUCUCAAAUCUGACGGUCACCUUGAACAUGAGCCUUUUCCUCUCGAAGUGCUGAAGGAGUUACUGGGUCAUGAUUCUGAACACGCCAAUUUAAGUCUUGCUGUACUUUUCGUGAAGAACUUCGCUUGGGAUGUCUUGGGUCUCAAAUCGCCCACUGAUGAGGGUCGAAAAACAAUUGAUGCAGAUGGUGCUGUUGUAGACACAGCCAAGGAUGCAUCGUCCUCAAACGACGCAACUGAAGAAGAUGCACCUUUUAUUCCACCACCUGUUCGACAACGAUUCAUCAAUAUCUUUGAGCGCUACUUGUCUAGUGUUAAGACCCAUAUCAUACGUGAUCAAAAGUCUCUGAACAACCAGAGUCGACGCAAUGCGGAGGCUUACGUCAAAAGUGGCGAGAUCUUUGAGGACAGGCAGGCAAAUUUUGAGAAGCAGACAAAGACUCAAGAGAAACUGGUUGCGAAUGCUCAGGUCCUCUGUGACAUCCUUGGACAAGAAAUGCCUGAUCUUGAGGACAAAGACGGCACUGAUAAUUCAGCUUCAGGUACUGUGGGUAUGAUCAAGACGGGCGAGUAUCUGAAAGGAUCAGGUGAUGGCGCUGGUAUGUGGGAAGAUGAAGAAGAGCGUCGCUUCUACGAGAAUCUGGUCGAUCUUAAGGGUAGGGUACCAGCAAUCCUGCUCGAGGACUCUAAGAAGAAAUCCGAGGCGGAGGAUCGAGCUGAAGCCAAUAAUGAAUCCCCUAAGACUUCAGACAUCGACGAUCAGUCCACUGCCAUCGCGAAUAAGACAGUAGGAGCUCAGGUCGAUGCUAUUCUACUACGACUACCCGAUCUCCAAACCAAAGAAAUGGUCGACCAGGUCGCCCUAGAUUUCUGUUUCCUCAACUCAAAGGCGUCACGAAACCGAUUGAUCAAAGCAAUACAAGAUGUUCCCAAAGGCCGAACGGACCUUCUUCCAUUGUAUGCUCGACUUGCUGCCACUCUUGGCCAGUACAUGACAGACAUCGUGCAAGGCUUAGUCACACAUCUUGAUGACGAGUUCAGAAGUCUUCAACGUCGCAAGACCAAAGACUUCCUAGGUCAGGUUCGGCUAUUGAACAUUCGUUACCUUGCAGAGCUCACCAAAUUUGGCAUCGUGCCAGAGCACGUCAUUUUUCAUUGUUUCAAAGUCAGCUUGGACGACUUCUCACGAAUGAAUAUUGAGAUCAUUGCUCAUUUGCUCGAGAAUUGCGGAAGAUACCUUUUGCGAAACCCUGAGACAUCUCCUCGAAUGGCCUCCUUUCUUGAGACGCUCAACCGGAAGAAGUCUGCUCAACACUUGGGUACGCAGGAACGCAUGUUGAUCGAGAAUGCGCUUUACUAUGUCGAUCCUCCGCAGAGGGCUGCAAUCCAACAGAAAGAACGCACGCCUAUGGAGCUUUUCGUGCGUCAAAUGAUAUACAUGGACAUGACAAAGCGCAACUACAUGAAAGUGCUCAAGACAAUUCGAAAGCUGCACUGGGAAGAGAAAGAGGUGGUUGCGAUGUUGCAGAAGAUAUUUAGUAAACCUGGUAAAGUCAAGUUCAGCAAUAUCCACCUCCUUGCCGUCCUCUUGCAGGCUCUGUACCGCUAUCACCAGGAUUUUGCGAUAGGAGUCAUCGACAAUAUCCUCGAACAGAUAACUUUGGGCCUGGAACAGAAUGACUUCAAGUUCAAUCAGCGGAGAGUCGCUGAAGUUAAGUACCUCGGUGAGCUGUACAAUUACAAGAUGAUCGACUCGACGGUCAUUUUCGACACCUUGUAUCGAAUUGUAACGUUCGGCCAUGAGGGAGGUACUCCGCAACCUGAAAAGUACAAUCCAUUCGACCCUCCGGACGACUUCUUCAGAAUUCGGCUAGUCUGCACGAUUCUCGAUACUUGCGGCAUUUGUUUUGACAGGGGCAGUUCAAAGAAGAAACUUGACUUCUUUUUGGCUUUCCUGCAAUACUACAUGACGACCAAAGACCCACUUCCGAUGGAGGUUGACUUUCUUGUACAAGAUACAUUUUCUCUGGUCAGACCCAAUUGGAAGCUUGUUACUGAACUCGGAGAAGCGGCCAAGGUUUUUGCGGAAGCUGUCAGCACGAACUACAAGCAGUCAGCCUUGGAGAAGGGAGCCGAUCAAGCAGAAGAGUUGGAAGAUUCUGGCUCUGACGAGGACGCUCUUGCUGAGGGCGACGGUGAAAUCGAGCCGCAAGUGCCACAAUCUUCGGAUGAAGAUGGCGAGGAUGGUAUUCUCGAUGAUGCGGGCGAGGAGAAGGAGCCGGUUGAUUCUGACGAAGAAGAACAGAUCGUGGUUUUGCGCCAGGAAGAGCAGCUCGAUCCAGAAGCUGAGGCAGAUUUUGACCGAGCCUUCGAGAGAAUGAUGGCCGAAAGUUUGGACUCCCGGAAAUUCGAACGUCGAGCACAGUUUGAUGUGCCUUUGCCCAUACGCAAAAUCCAGCGCCAGACUGCUGAGCCUGUCGACGAGGAACCGAAGACACCGGUCGAAACCGAACCAAAUACGAUGGCAUUCUCCUUGAUGACUAAGCGAGGCAACCGCCAGCAGACGAAGACGAUUGAGCUCCCUUCGGAUUCAAGCUUUGCGAUCUCGAUGAAAUCCCAACAGGCCGCUGAAAGAGAGGAGCAACAGCGUAUCAAGAACUUGGUCUUGAACUAUGAUUUGCGUGAAGAUGAUCAACACGAUGGUAUAUCCCAAAGUCUCCCUAAUGAUCCUACCGUGCUACCCCCUUUGCAAAAGAACCCCAAUACUAAGGGACUCAAACCAGGCUUCGACCAUUACAACCCUUCUCUUAGCCGGUCUGAAAAGUCUGGGCGCAACGCACCUCGUGCCAGGAGACUUAAUCUUAGUGACGUGGACUGGACUUGAAAUGCAACGUGCAGGGCCUGUAAUGGCCAAUGUUUGUUUCCACAAAACCUGAGAUUGUAGCAACAUGCAUUAUCUCAACGCGCAACCCUUUGGGUAGUGGCACGACGAUACGGAUAAGGUAUCAACGCUUGCUGUCAAGACGUCGCAAAUCCCUGUGGCACAGUGCCUUGAUGUGUCUAGCGAAGCGGCACUAGCAACGAAGUUGUAAUGGAAGGGUCUGACUCUAAUUGUGAGGUAUCCGACAAAAAUGCAGCUUCCGGCCGAGUCCGUCCAAUCCAUGUGCAAAUGCCUUCUGAGGAUUGAAGCGAACGGAGGUAAAACGAAGCGGUGCGAUGGUUCGUCUUGCUUCAGGUCCCGGCAAGUGUGAAACAUUGAUGAAGUUCUAGGGUGAACAAAGGUCGGGGGCCGUCGAAGGAAAGCUCAAUCAUAUUGGAGCGAAUGUGAUUACUCGUGCUCAUCUGGCCGCCAAAUUCGGUGGGCCACUGGUCGACGUCCCACUCGAGACCUUUAGUGGUGAUCAAUGUACGUCCGAGGAUGGGUAUGAUGCCGACGUUUUCUUCAAAAUAUCCGGCUUCGAGAUGGACCAGAUUGAUACUAUCAGCUAGGACAAAUGAUAAGCUUUGUUCAGAUAGGAGAUAUAUGCGGCC